GCACAGGUGGCCAUCGUCGGAGGGGCUGACUCCAAACUUUCCAUCUUCCAGGUUGAUGGCAAGGAGAAUCGGAAAAUUCAAACAAUUGCUGUUGAAAAUUUUCCAAUCUUCUCAGCAGAACUGAAUGUUCCAGAAGAUGAGAUCAUCAUUGGAUCGAUGUUUCCGACAUUUGUCAUGUAUAACAUGGAUGUUGGCAAGAUCACAAGGACCAGUCAAGUUCGAAACACAAAGUUGUUCACAGUGUCACCAGAUGGAAAAUUGAUGGUUCUUGUCGGCACCUUUGGACACGUUCAUGUGCUUUCUAUAAAGUCAAAAGGUCUCUUACAGACUCUCAAGUCUGAGAGUGAAUCGAUUGAGGCAGUCACAUUUUCAUCAGACGGUGAAAUGCUGUUCACCCACUCAAGUGAUGGAGUUGUCUACGUGUGGAACAUGAAGACGUUCAAAUGCAUGUUCAAGUUCCAAGAUGAAGGGUGCACCCAAGGAACAACCAUUCACAUCUCUUCCAAUACUAAAUAUCUGGCUACCGGGUCUCACACCGGUGUUGUUAAUCUUUAUGAGACGUCGUCACUCCUUUCCAUGCCUAGCAACUCAACCAAAUUUUGCCUGCCACAGCCUAAACCUAUCAAAGCCAUACCCAACAUCACAACCACGUGCACAGCUGUCAAAUUCAAUGAGAAUUCAGAACUUUUAGCUAUGGCGUCCAAUUAUGCAGAGGGAUCCGUUAAGUUGUUUCAUACUCGAUCGCUUUCCGUUCUUGCAAACUUUCCGAAUCCUGCAAAACCACUCGGAAUACCUUAUUCGUUAGAUUUCUCGCCUAACUCAGGCUACUUCUCGGUUGGAAAUCAUCAUGGUGUGGCUCACCUUUUCAGG